AUGGCCUUUGCCUUCCGCUUUAUGCCACGCUUCGGACAACAGGAAUUGUUCUGCCACCAGUGCACGCCUGAGAAGACCCUGGUGAAAUCUUUGCAGGUAGUCUGUAUGCUGCAGAGGCUUGAGAGUGCUGUGGAAGCCUGUGAUUCCAGUGCUGCUGCUGCAGAGAAAUACUCGGAUGCUCACAGCUCCUUAUGGUUCAUUUCAUGUGAUUCCAGUAUGGUGUUACAGGCUCAAGAGGAGAUUAUUGAAAUGAAAGAUGUAUUUUCAGUAAAACUGAAACGUCGCCGUUUUGUAGGGCAGAAAAAAGGUGGUACUGCUUUGGGUAUCACCAUUUUUAAAUGCUUAAAUAAAGAAAAGAAUAAGCUAACAGACUGUGCUAUCCAUUUAAAUAACUUAAGUGAAGAUUAUUGUCAAUCAUGGUUCAGACAUCUGAAGGAAAUUUUGAAUGGCUUUCAAAAUAGACCAAAAUCCUUAAAAGUGUUUGUUAAUCCAAGCAGCCACAAAAGAGAAGCCACUCAUGUUUACUAUGAACAAGUUGCACCUCUUUUUAAGCUUGCUGACAUCAAAACUGAUGUCACAGUAACUGAAUACGAAGGACAUGCUCUCUCAGUACUUAAAGAAUGUGAACUUCAGGCGUUUGAUGGGGUAGUUUGUGUUGGUGGAGAUGGAUCUGUCAGCGAAGUUGCUCAUGGUCUACUACUUAAAGCCCAGAUAGAUGCUGGAAAAGACACAAACUAUAUACCAACGCCUGUCAGAGCACCAGUUCCACUUGGAGUAAUACCAGCAGGUACUACUAAUAUUUUGGCGCACACUCUCUAUGGUAUUAAGCAUGCAGUGACUGCAGCGUUGCACAUUGUAAUGGGACAUAUUCAGCCAGUGGAUGUCUGUACUUUCAGUACUCCAAGCAAGCUGUUGCGCUUUGGGUUCUCAGCUAUGUUUGGUUUUGGUGCAAGGACUCUAGCUUUGGCUGAAAAACACCGUUGGAUGCCCUCCAGUCAGCGGAAGGAUUUUGCUUUUAUCAAAACACUGGCAGAUCUCAAGCCAGAAGAAUGUGAAUUAUCAUUUCUACCUCUACAAAUUCCACAGGAAGACUCUCAUGAGAAUGACAGAAAGAAGAAAGAGAAAAUUAAAAAAAAGGGUGGCAAGGAUCAAUGGCACAAAAUUCAGGGUCACUUCCUGAAUGUGAGCAUUAUGGCAAUCCCUUGUCUGUGUUCAAUGGCACCAAGAGGCUUGGCACCUAAUACGAGGUUGAAUAAUGGAAGCAUGGCUCUUAUUGUUGUACAAAAUACUUCUCGAACAGAGUUUAUAAAACACCUGAAAAGAUACGCCAGCGUAAAAAAUCAGUUCAAUUUUCCCUUUGUUGAGACCUACACAGUCCAAGAAGUAAAACUACAACCAAGGCUUAAAAGUGGGCUUGAUGCCAAAGAAAAUACAUAUUUGAAUGCUGCUUCUGCAGAAGGAAAUUACCCUUGGAAUAUAGAUGGAGACUUAAUGAAAGAAGCAUCAGAAGUUCACAUUCGGGUACAUCCUCAACUUAUUAAUCUCUAUGGAGUCAACACUGAUGACCUGGAGAGUUCCCAAGCAACAUGCAAUUGCAUAUAGAAAGGACACACUUCAAGUUCAGUAUGAAAGGCUCCUUUUCUCACCUCUAUGCACAGCUUUCCAAGGUCCCAGGCUUUCACUCACUGAAUUCAUUUUGUAGUAGAAGCUUAACUGGGAUGUUUGUAAUAUUUCUGGAUUUAAAUUUAUAUCAGGUUAUAUAUUUUUAUCUAGUCGUAUUUAGUUGUAAAGAAGCAGGCUUAACAGGAAAAAAUUAAAACUGAUUAUACUGGUCUCAUAAAUUUGAGGUUUGAGAAGAGUCCAUUAGAAUAGAAGAAAAUAAUUUUUUUCUUUAAAAUUAUUCUGGCUUUUGCAAUAAAUAGAGUAUGAGGUAUUUCUAAGUCUGCUGCUGCUAUCCGUGUUGUCAGGUAGCUCAGUUCAAAUAGAACUGGUGAUUGGAAGUAUGGUACCACCUCAUGCUGAAGGAUGGUAGCAAAAUAUAGAUUUAUAUUUUUUUUAAUCCAGUACCUCCAUUUCUAGUUAUAAUUUUUAAUGUUGCCUUAAUAUAUUUGCUUUCCAAUCAUUUCUAGUCAAAACAGUGAUACAAAAGAACAUGCUGAUGUCUUAUAUGGCUUUUCUUUGUUGAAUUGUACUCUUUGUACAAAAUAAGUAUUUAAAAAUAUUUUGUCUAUCCUAGAACUGAAAUGAUAUUCAGUAUAGUUUUUGUUGCUGCUGAGAAUAAAGUUGUGAUAAAUAAA